AUGCAGUACCAGUCUGAAGAAGGGAGGGAGGAGUCGCUUCGGCCGGGCUUUGCCACCACUGGUAAGAAAGGGCGUAGCCAGGAAAAGAGAGAGAAAGCGGAUACCAAACAGCGGUGCGGGCCGGUGAACAGAAGGAUGGAAAUUCGAUCCCCUCAUCCAGACAUCCCACUGGGUGCUGAUAGCCCAUCUGCGAUUCUGUCUGACGAGAGAAAGUAUCAAGAAGUGGAGACCACAUAUCAGCAUGCUUUGGGGGCUAUGGAGAGGGUUCUGGGGCCUGAACAUCCGUUUACUCUCGAGAGUAUGAAUACACUGGGUGAGAUCUUGCUUGACCUGGGAAAGUAUGAGGGAGCGGAGGCUAUUUUUCAAUCUGCAUUGGCUGGUCGCGAGAAAGUUUUUGGAGCCAAUCAUGCGGAUACUCUCAGGAGUAUCGAUAAUCUUGGUCGAGCGCUACAUCACCAGAGGAAGUACAAAGAAGCGGAGAUGGUGUUCCGAUCUGCACAUUCGGGUAGAGAGAAGACACUUGGGUCCUGCGAUCUAGAUACCAUACUGAGUUCCCAUGGCCUAGCUGUGACGCUCCUUGAUCGGAAAAAUUAUCCUGAGGCGGAGAGAAUGUAUCGGCAUACCUUGGGGGGCAUGGAGAAGACUCUGGGGCCCGAUCACGAGUUUACCCUCGACAGCGUAAGCACGCUAAGUGAAACUCUACUUGACCUGAAAAAGUAUGACGAAGCCGAGGCGAUGUGCCGGCGUGCACUAGCAGGCCGGGAGAAGACCCUUGGACCAGUUCAUCAAGAUACCUUACUCAUUGUCAAUAAUCUCGGGGUGGCAUUGUGUAAUCAGAAAAAGCACCAUGAGGCUGAGGUUAUGUAUCGGCGCGCAUUAGUGGCGGCGGAGAAGACACUUGGACUCGACCAUCGAGACACCCUAAUUUGCAUCUAUAACCUGGCUAGGGCCUUACAGAAACAGAGGAAAUAUUGCGAAGCGGAGAUGAUGUAUUGGCGUACGCUGGCAAGGCGAGAGAGGGCUCUGGGGCCGGGCCACACACAUACCCUCCGGACCAUCUUUUCUCUCGGCACGGUGCUACAGGAUCAGAGAAAAUAUGAUGUAGCGGAGAUUAUGUAUCGACGCGCAGUUACUGAAGGAGAAAAGUCACUAGGGCCAAGUCACCGGAUGACUUUGAAAAGUGCUAAGUACCUGGAGGUGCUUCUCCAGUCCAUGGAAUUGAGAACCCUAGACCAGGUGUUGUGGGGAGCGGGAGGCUGA